AUGGGCCGGGCGGGGCUGCGUUUCCGGAAGGGGCGACCUGUCUUAGGGACAGCGUGGGCCAACGGGGACGUUGGCCCUGUAAGAGCGGGGAGAGUUCCUAAGGAGGGGUUGAACGGGAAAAAAGAUGAGUUGAAGAACAAUGGGACAAGGUGUCCAGAGGAUACCAUUCCUAUACGACGGAGCACAGUUGCUGAUGGUAUAGAAAAACAACAAUGUUAUUCUUAUCGUAAGCCUCAAGCACAUAAUUAUGCCAUUGAGCAUGCAUUGGUUGUUUAUACGGCACAUGAACAAAUAUUGGGGGCGGAGGCAACGAUAAAUGUGUGGAAGCCAUCAGUUGAGACGGAGAAUGAGUUUAGCCUUGCUCAAAUUUCAAUCAAAUAUGGAGAACACCAAGAUAUUAAUAUUAUCAAAGUUGGAUGGCAUGUCCUCCCAUCUCUUUAUGGUGAUACAAAAACGAGAUUGUAUAGCUACUGGACUGGAGAUGUGUCAGGGGAAACAGGAUGCUACAAUAAUAUUUGUGCAGGAUUCUUAAAGGCCAGACGGGAAGAGAUCUGGGGAGGUGCACUUGAUCAUUCUAUUAGUGGGGGUCAACAAUUUCAUAUCACUGUAAAUAUUGCAAAGGGUUUGGGAGGACAUUGGUGGUUGAAAAUUGGAGGCAACAUGGUAGGUUCAUGGACAAGAGACCUCUUCACUCACAUGAAAAACUCUGCCAGCCGUGUGGAGUGGGGUGGCAAGGUGUCCAACACAAGACCCGAAAACAGGCAUACAAGAACAUGGAUGGGUGCCGGCCAUUUUGCGGAGGAGAAAUUUGGAAAAGCAAGUUAUUUCCACAAUCUACAAGUGGAGGAUGUGAAUAAUCAAUUAAUGCCAGUUCCUCUUUCAAGCCUUUUGGAGAAAAUGACAGACGAAAAUUGUUACAAUAUUAUGCCUUUUGCUGCAACUAGUGGCCAUGGCACUAGCUUUUACUAUGGAGGCCCAGGCUACAGUCUUCAAUGUCCAUGA